CGGGCAGCCGCACAUCCCUCCCUCCCUGCCGGCAGGGUACUGCCCCGGCGGCAGGCGGGCAGAGGGGGGGGCCCCCUCCGCCCUCAAAUCCCUGGGCAGGGCGAGCCCUUCAUAAAGCGGCGCGGCGGCGGCAGCGCGCCCAGCCCGCUCCCCGGCUCUGCUCGGCGCGAUGGAGACGGGCGGGUGCCGCAUGGGCGGCGCGGAGCCGGGCGGCCCGGCCAUGAUCACGCUGGAGGACCUGGACGGGAUGGCGCAGGAGAGUCCCGAUUCGGCGUACCACAGCAACGGCAGCAGCCUGGAGGAGGAGGCCGAGCGGAUGGAGGACGAGGAGCAGGAGCGGCUGCUGAGCUACUGGCAGAGCGUGGGCAGGGGGCACCAGGUGGACGUGCCCCGGGACAUGGCAGAGCCAAUUCAGCAGCUGACUCGGAACAACAGCCCCCAGGAGAGACAGACCAUCCCCUUCACUCUCAUCCACCGCAAAGAAAAGCUUGGAGAUCUGCUUUAUGAAAAACGUCAGUAUGGAAAAGCCAAAUGGGCUUGUAUAAAAAUGAAAGAAAAACAGUAUGAACAGAGCAUAUGCCUUGGAUUCAUGAAGCUUAUGAGGUACAUUUGUGAGCAGAAUUCCUCAGGACUGUACUUGGGGAUAACAAUACCCAUUGUGACCAUAGUCCAUACAAAUGAAUCUCAAUCGGAGAUGACACAGGCAGUGACAGUAGCGUACUACCUGCCUGAAGUGCUGCAGGACGAGCCACCUCAUCCUUUUGACUCUGACAUAAUCAUUGAAGAAUGGCCUUCUACUAUUGUUUAUAGUAGGAGCUUCAGAGGAAUCACCAAUGAAGACUCUAUAAUGAGAGAAAUAAACCUGUUGGCGGAAAUUCUGGAGAGUCCCGAGUUAUGUUUGCAGGAUACAUUCAUCAUUGCAGGAUAUACAAAUCCAGCUGCUGCCAACCGACACAAUGAGAUAUGGUUCCUUCAGAGACCAUAGCCUCCCCUUUCCGAUGCUUGUCACUCACAAGAAUCAGUGCUGAUUUACAGGUGAAAUCACGUAAGGCUACACAUCAAACCCUCAAAGAUUUUAGAAAUGUGGCUUUUGGCCAGUUUAGCAAGGCAAUCACUCCAAUUUAAUAAUCCAACAGAGGUAACACCUGGAACAUACAAUUUCCUAUGUCAACUUCUACAGUUUUUACACAAUUUUUAUGGAGAUUUUUAGCACUUUAAAAGUUAGUUCACCUUAUCUUUACAAGGUAAGGCAGACAGAGACCUCUCUCCUUGUCCAGUUAUUAGCAGCUCUAGACUGCUUGUGGCCUGGGACAGUCCUAGGGGAGAUCCUGGAGCCCCUGCCCUGGGCACCCAGUGCUGCACCAGCUACACAAAGACCCUCUUGGGGCCUUCAGUGGGACACGUUAGAACCACCUCACACAUGCAGGCUAUGCUGCAGAAAAAGAAUGUUCAGGUCUUAAUCUCUGAAGAGAACUACCAGAUAUAGACCACUGGGAUUAAACCAAGGAGUAAAACUAGACCAAUGCUGACUGCUUUUUAUGUCAUCAUCUGUGGAGCAGAGAUUCUUAAUGCUUACCUCAAAAAGCAUUCAACCAAAGUACUUCUAACCUUGAGAAGAGACCAAAAAAGCAGAACAGUCCUAAUGCUCAUUGAAGUUUUGAUAGCAAAAGUUACAGGUUAUCUUAAUCACACACUCAUAGUAAUCCCACGGCUAUAUUUGGCAUUUCUAAAUACAAAGUGGUAAUUCUUAACUCUUCAGUUUCACAAACACUUUCAUCUUAUAACUUUGCUAAAUGUUAAAACAUUACAGCUGAAGUAAUUCGUUCAGUACUUUUUACACUUGUCUGGCAGUACCACAUUAUUAAUGUUAUAAUUGAUACAAAUAUUUCACAGAAAAAAAUUUCAGCUCAAAGUGACCUCUGGCAGUCGCCCGGUGCAGCUCUGCUGUGCUGCUGGCAGAGCGGGCUGCUCAGGGCCUCACACUGCUGGAUUUUGAGCACCUCCAGGGGUUGGGAGCCUGUAACCCUCUAGGCCCCAUUCCAGUAUCUGACCACCCUCACUGUGAGAAAUUUUUCUUCCUAAUACCUAAUUUUCCCUGUUGCAGCUUGUUUCUUUUAUCCAUAUGAUAAUUCUUGAAGUAGACAACUGCUAGUCUAGCACGCUGUGAUCAAAAGACAAGCCCACGUCAUUCUCCAUGCAUCAGGAGGCCUGAAAGCAGCACUCACACUUUGCUGUGUUCUACAGCUACAGAGCACCUAUUGCACUUUAGAAUCGGGGUAGCAAACAGUUUUGCUCUCAAAAAUCCCUUCCUAAAGUCUCCCCUCACAGACAUGACGGUAGAGUUUAACCUUAACAGAAUUAAAUGUCUUUUUAUAUAAAAAUUCAUUAAUUAUAUCACCAGCGUUAUUUAUUGAUUAUAUGAUUUAGGCUCUAAAUAACGCUUUUGUGUUACUGAGUUACAACAUACAAGACAGCACCCAAACCAGUGUCUGUUAGCUUACAGUAGCGUUAAUUGGCAAACACAAUGGAUUUAUGGAGUACUUCUGACUGAAUAAACACACAGGUCUCAAGAACUUUAAAGCCUCCGGGUUCCACAAGGCUCUCCGCUGCACAAAAUUGACUUUAUGCUUAACCUCAAAUCUCUUGCAGAGCAGCAGGAUCAGGGCGGACUGGCUGGCCCUGCUUAAGCAUGCCUAAGGCGCUCUCUCGUGGUGGCUGCCCUCAGAGACGCCUUGGGGAGGCAGCAAGAAGGGGAAAAGGAAAAUAAAAAAUAAAAAAAAAAAAUAAAAGAGAGAGAGAGAAGGUUUAAUUUCAACGCAAACAAACUGACACAGACCGGCAGGUCCGUCACAGACCUUUGUAUUGCCACAAAUUAAUGGGAUGUUAAACUGAUGGGGGGCAAUCUCAAAAAAGACUGUGGGAUUGGGGGCUUUCUUAUUCCAACCAGAAAGCUACCAAAUCCAGUUUGCGAGGUGACAGCAGAAAUGUUUGUGCCAGUUGUGGCCACAACUAGGAACCACUUUGUCUGAUGUGCCAAUUCAGAUGCACAUCGAAGUAUUUCUUACUGAACAGAACGAGACAAUGAAGGUACCUGUCAAGUCUUUUAUUCCUCUCCAUUUGUUCAAGAUACAGGAUCAUAGCCAGGGAAAAAAAUUCAGACUUCCUUUUCAAUAUGUUGAAUUGUUUCUUAUUUGAUUUUUAUUUAUGUUGCUUCUUAUUUAUUUUUAACACUUCCUCAGAUUGUUGGAAAUACGAGCCAGUAUUAAAGUGAAAGCUAACAAUUUAAUGGAAAACAUUAGUUUUUAAAAACUGAAUUGAGUAGAGGGCCCAGGGAGGCAUUAAAUAACGGGUUCUGUUUUGCCCUCAUCCCCCACAAGAUUUUUAUAAGAGCAAAUAAAAACAAUUUUCACCUUUGACAUGAUUUUAUGGUAAAAUAAAGAAGUUUCUGCAAUUUGAUUGCUUUUGCCAGUUAUAGAAAUUAUUUUAGGCUUUAGCAAAUGUCAAAUAGCUAUUGGAAGCAGUUAAAUCCUCUCACCAUAAAGUACCAGUUUGUACAUACUUUGCAUUUUAAACGUCUAUCGCAAAAAGCAUUUGCUAUAUCUUAUGUCUCUUUCCAUAGGCAAUCUUCACCUAAAUACUUCUGUGACUCAGCUACUUGUGGGUAUGUUAUAGAAACAUUCCUGUUACUGAAAUAUAAAAAUAAGGUAUUUAUCUGAAUGUGCUGAUAUCCUAACCGCAGCAAAGUGUUCAGCGUUGUUUUAUGUAAAACUGUGAAUUCCAAGAUAGUAUUUAUUUUGACUUAUGUUAGACAGCUUCUGCUGCUGAGAAAGAACCAAUUAAUCUCGAGUUUGAAGAUACACUUUAUGGCUAUGGAAUAUUGUACCAACUUCUGUAACCAGCCCUCACAAGCAUGGGCACAAAGAAUUGUGUUUUUUCAUUGACACACAAUAAAAUUUACUUCAUAGUUACACCACUGAAUGCCAAGGAAACGUUACUAUUACUCAGAUACAUCACUUGAGAAAGCUUGAAAACAUUAUGUCAAGCUUCAUUAUCUAACUCCUGUUACCAGAACAGGUACGUUGUUAUCCAUCUGUGGCUCUACCCUGUAAGCCAUUAAUUAAUGGAUUUUCAUUUUUAAUUUGAAGUUAUUUGAUUUCCACUAUUCAAAGGAGAUAAAAAAACAGAAUUCACCCAUAUUUUUGGAAGAUUAAAUGACGUAGCCUUAACAGAUAAAUGUUGUCCUGCAUACUGUGUAUUUUUCAAACAAGCAUUAGUGCCUAAAAAGUUUAUUCCAGCUAUUGUGAUACUCAGGGCCUUGCUUAUUGUAUGUAUACAAAUAUAAAAAUAAUUUUUCUGGCAUUGUUGCAUUGUGCUGUUUUACACUGUCCUUCAUUUUCACUGAAAUGUCAUCUUGUUUACUGUUACUGUUUAUCAAAA